CAGAUGUCUGUUGAUAUGAUCAUUUCCAUCGUGUACAUGAAUAGCGGUGCAUAGCCACAUCCAUUCCCCGCUCAACUCGAGUUCUUUUGAAUCUUUCUUUUUCUUUGCUUAAACCAAGAAUAUUCUCCAGUUUCCAUCCACAACAUCCUCAUUCCAAAUUGACAUUCAACUCCAUUCAUCACCUCAGCCUGCUGCCUUACAUAUCACUAGAAACUAGAAACAAUCCGAAAUGUUAUUCAAGUCUUUCAUAUCCCUCUUCACGAUUACCUUUUGGCAUAAUUCAAAUCAUUACUUAACUCGACCAAGAAAAUUACUCAGACAAACUUCUAAUCAGAUUUACCCUUCAUUAUCACCAUCUCUGCAAGUCUUUCGCAAGACUAGAGAGACAUUGAGUGAUGCAGCGCUACAUGCUCGGGAAUUAAUUCAAUAUAGGUCAUUAGGGAUUGGGACGCUGAUGAGCACUUAUCCUGAAGAUCAUCCUCAAGAGUCUUUACGAGGUCUAGCAAUUGGUUUGCAAGAGUAUUUUGCACCUUAUCACAAUGGUGAUCUCUUGCUACUUGCCUUACCGAUCUCACCCAUUUAUAAAAACAUCGAUCAAUCCUCAUCACUUUCAGCGACCAUCGCAAUCAAGGAUGAACUUGGUCAGCUUCAACGUAAUGGUUCCAAUUGGGCUGCUAAUCGAAGGAGGAUCACUCUCUUUGGUACCCUAAUGCCUGUGACUGACGUAAUGGAGGCAAAGGCACUUUAUGAAAAAUUUCAUCCUGACAGUUCAUUCUGGAAUGGUGAUAAUGGACCUCACGAUAAAAUGUGGGUACGAUUUCAGACCAAAGAGGCUUAUUACUUUGGAGGCUUUGGCGAUAGAGCAGCAAUUGGAUGGCUUGAUAUGGAACUUUACCAAAAUGAAUUCAAAGACACGAUUGAAAGCAAAACCAAAUCAGUCUGCUUUCAUCCAUAUAGUCGAAACCUUUACUGCGAUCAAGCUAUGGAUUGAAGAAUCAAAGACCUUUGGACAAAGUUUGUUAGACUGGUAAUUUAUCCCAAGCAAAACAAAACCGUAGAGUUGUCUUUGGAUUGUUUAUUUAUCUUUUGUAUCAUAUUUUACGACAUCUCACCCAAAACUUUGAAUUAUGAGGAAAUAGAUAAUGUCUUCAAACAUAGAGAGACUUUUCUGCUGUUAAGAAAUGAACCCAAACAACUUACUCAAAUGU